CAUCGAGAAGAUCAUCGAGUACGUUGUUGUCCACAGGUGGGUGGCAAUCUCAUGGAACCCGGGCCGCGAUGUCCAUGAAAGAAAUGAACCUCAGGAUAUAAAAUGUAGGCGGCAAUCUUUGCUGCACACAAACGGACAGAGACACGAUGCUACGUCAUUUGGAAGCUUUGUGUAUCCUGCAUACCUUCGCUACUCAAGGGGCCUGGGGGCGUUCCUGUCCUCGUCAUCACUAAUGUCCUCCUACUUGAUCCAUGAGCUCAUGGACGUCGAGAAGGGCCCUGUCCACUGACUGCAGCAGCCGGGCGUGCCGCUUCUGGGCCUUCACGACGGUGCGGCUCUCAUCCGGGUGCUUGCUGAUGUUGGCCGCCAGGUGCAUGAGGAUCCUGAGCGCCUCGGUCACCCUGGACUCGUCCACGGCCUUCAUCAUGACCGCGAUGGCGUCGUCGAUCGGCUUGUCACCCCCUGCGUGGUCGAGGACCACUUUGGUGCUCUCGGCGGGGAGGUCGAACAGCUUGCGGACGAGGUUUGUCUCCUUCUCGAGUGGCGCCUCGAAGCGCUUCUUAAAGGCCACUCGCAUGGCCGAGCUUCGGCAUCUUGCUGUAGCGUGUGCCGUCCUGGUUGGUCAGUUGGUCCAUGUGUGGCGCCAGCAGCAUGUGGGCAAGCAGCGAGCAGGUGGUGUAUACGUCGCUCGACUUCCGCAAUGGCCCGUACAUCGGGCCGCUGCUGUCGCUGCUGCUGCCGUUGCUGCUGUCGCUGCUGCUGCCGCUGCUGGUGGGAAUGGGUUCGCCGGGGGAUGUGGUGGUGGCGGCGGCGAGCUCCCGCUUGGCGGCGCGACGGAGGCACUCAACGCUUCUCAGGUUGGCGGCCGGGUCGUUGUGCGGAGGGUUGAUGGGCGGCACAGGGACGUCGUUGACUGCUGUGCGAGUGGGGUCGAGGGGGGACACGUCGGUGUCGGUGAUGGGCUGCGAGAGCUCCAGGUCGAUCCACCUGGGCCCCAACUCGCCCUCUCCCCCACCCUCACCGGUGCCGCGCAUCCGCCACUCCACCAACACAUUCUCUGGGCUGGUGUCGCCAUGGACGAGGUGGCAGGCGAACACCUCGGCCAGCGAGCGCAGCACUGACACGGCCAGCUGGCGGUAGUGCCUGCCCGUGACGCCCGGCCGCUUCAGGGUACUGUCAAAGCGCUCCAUCUUACGGAGGGGGUCGCCCUUGUCCUCCUGGCCAUGGAGGGUAUCGAUGAAGUCCCCGAUGGAGCCGGCGUCUGUCCAUAGCUCGUCCAGCACGGCGCGUCGUCGUCCUCCUCCUCCUCCUCGUCGCUCUCGUCGUCAUCGUCAGGCAGCAGCUCCCUCCUGAGCUUGGCGACGGCCGCUCUUCCGCCGGUGUACGCUGCAAAAGGGCAGACAAACACACACACAAUACAGUAUGACGGUCACGAACUCGUUUGCUAAUAUGAGUGUCCUGUGUGUGUGCAUGUAGGUGCAUGUCAUAUCUCUGUUAACCCACCUGCUGGGGGUGGCUUCUUCACGCGCUGACGCAGCUCCUCCUCGACUGCUGGUCUCAGCUGCUCCACUGCUGCCGGCGGCAGAAAACCUGCAUCACAUGAACGGAAAGAAGGCAAAGUGGGAUUCAUGACGCAGGCAUCGUUCUCCGGCUGUCCGGUAGGCUUACUUAUGUAUUUUGACAUAUAGAAGAACCCCCUCACGCCCACGACCUUCUUCUCAGAGCGACAGACCAUCCUCACCGGGAAGCGCCCCGGCGCCUUCUCGGCGCUGCCCGCCCUCGUCCCCUUCGGCCACAGCCACUCGCGAUCCGCCGGGAUGGUGCCGGACGCCACCACUGGGGACGCGAGCGUGCUGCGGCGCGCCGUCAGCUCGAGGAUGGCCUUGGCCUCCUUCUGCAGGGUGGUGUUGUUGUCCUGCAGCUGCCCCUUUGUGAGCUUGCCCAGCCCCUCAGGGACGGCGCACUUGAGGAUGACGCGACCGGCAGCCGAGUGGCCCUCCAGGAUGGCGAAGUACUUGGGGCUGUGGUGGACGAGGCACCUUACGGAGGGGCGGAAGGUGGAGAGGAUGGCCAGCGACGCCUCCUCUGAUGUGUCUGCCGCCUCCUGUGUGCGCGCGUCAGAGGCCGGUGCGUUGUGGAUGUGGGGCAGCAGUGGCGAAUAGCCGUCAGACGCACCGCCCUCGUCCUCGGUGUCGCCUUUCCAUGACGAUGCGCUUCGGCGUCUCCUCGCCGUUCGUGUCCUUCUGCUUGCCCUGCUCGUCGGCAGGAACAACAAUCGCAGGAACAACACACACACCUCAGAUGCCGGCAGGCAAGGAAAUGUCAUUCAUGAACACUGUUGUCUUUCCGGCUCACCGUCGGCUGAGGAUUGAGGGAGAGCUUGAAGUGGGAGACAUGCGGGGCUGCGUGGAAGAAGUCCUCUCGCGAUAUAAAAUGUAGACAGCGAUAUCCACUGCAGACAAACAGACAGAGACACAAGGCCAGAUCACCUGGAAGCUUUGUAUACCGUGCAUUCAGACCUGCCAUCCAUCCAUUUGUCUUUGGGCUGCUCCUCUCCUCACCAUCGCGGCGUCUGCGGACGGUGGUAGUAGUGGGGCCUUUUCUCUUUUGGCUGGUCACUGGUGUGGGGGAGAUGGCACAUGCUGCUGCCGGGCUCUGCUCGCCGAGUGUUUCAGCCUACACACAGACACGAAGAUGCCGAUGGAAAGGCCUGGAUCCAUCUCAUUGUUUACCGUUGACAGGGUCUCGUACCCCCGGGCAAGAGUACGCCGGCGCUCUCCAGCAGCUCCUGAAGGCACAGACACAACCAGAAAGACAGAGAUCUUUCAUGAAUCCAACGCCAUGUAAUACAGAUCUUUUCAUCUUGGCCCAUCGGACAUUUCUUUCUCCCCCUUCUCACCCUGAUUGAGGGGAGAUGACCGUGCUGCGCGCAUCGUCCUCCCUGAUGCGGCUGGCGGGGCGGUUGUGUGGACGAGAGAGAGGAGCGGCCGACAAUGGCGAGCUCACUGGCUGCUAUUGUCUCCUCCUCUGGCCACAGGAUGGCCACCACACCGGCGACGAAGAGGGUGGCCAUCUCGAAGCACAUGAGCCCAAGCCCCGGUGCCGCCGUGACGGCCAUGGCCCCACCGGCCGUCACUGCCGUUUUGGUGGCGAAGGCGGCGCCGACAGCGAAGAUGGUCUCGACGAAGGGCAU